AUGGAUGCCGACUUAACCAGUUUCACCCAGAGUCAGGAUAUCCUGGCUACACUGACGCAUCAUCAAGCUUGUGAUGUCGCUAGACGGGAACCAUGGGUUCGUGAGUUCAAAUGUGGCAGAGUCAGCUUUGACGCUGUCCUUGAAUCUCCUGUUCGAGCGUCUGGAAGUAGUACUGGAUCCCGAGCCCUACCUUCUUUACGGGAAGAGUACGCAGAUUUCGCUCAACUGGGACCAAUCUCGUUUCCAACCGCACUGCUUGAGACAUCGAAUGGCAUCGAAUUUCUGUUUGGCCGAUGUUUCAAAGUAUUCCGAAGGCUAUCAGCUUCACCUAGCAUUGCAAAUAUAAAUGAGUUUAUGCAAGUUCUUGGUCUGAUAGAAUUUGCUUGUAUCGAUGUCGGUAUGGCGGAUAAAGCUUCGUCAUGCUACAGUAUCCUUCUGUCUAGGCUCUUAUUGAAAGUAGGGCCGCUCGCUAAAGCAGUAUCGUCUUUACCUCUGAAUGUUUGUUGUCAGAACAUUCCUUUCCACGCUGCUCUGUUUUCAUGGAGUUGUGCUUGCAAGUUGCUUGCUGCCUGCGAAAAAAAACCCAUGGGAUCGAAACCAGAAGCAAGCGGGGAAGGGAUUUUGACAGCCGAUACUGCUUUUAUCGUACUCUUAGAUGGUCUGGCAGCGUUGAGGAAAAACUGUUCAAGUCUGGUGGAGCUUUAUUCGACAAACUCCAAUCAAUUACUCCAUAGUAGUUUCCGUAUUGUACAAUGCCUAGUAAAGGGUGAAAGUCCAUACGACCCAAGCCAGCGACGUGCACUUGGGUCUCUCGUGACCACUCCCGAAAACUUUCUGAUAUUCUUCUUCGAAAUACUUUCUCAUCUCGUUGAUAUUCGCGUAAUUGCUUCUGAUGAAAUUAUGGCACGAUUUGUCUUGCUAGCUGGUAUGGGUGAUCUGCUGUGUGAUACCGCUCUUUUACCCACGUGCAAAGUUCUGCUAUCGUUUCUUCAAAAAUACAACUUGAAAGGUCUAGCAAAGAUAAGAAAAUUUGCCUCGAAACUCGUUACAAAAAUCCUUCAAACAGUAGACGAACUUGAUUUGACUGAACUGGAGAAACUGAGUCGAGGCGAGGCUGCUAAAUGGGCAGAUUAUGUGACACAUUCAUUUAGUUACUGUGUUGCUGAAGAACCAUUACUGAUAGCUUUCUUAACAAGACUCCUUUCUGAUGAUCAGCUUAGCUCUUGUCGUGGUAUCGUUAUCAAUAGGUAUUCGAACGUCAAGCUACUUGUUAAUGGAUGUGUGCUCUCAUCGAUGCUUUCAAUGCUUCUAGCUCUCGUUGCCGGAAUUGAAGAUUGGCAGGAGCUUUCCACGAAGAUGUGUGAAUGGUUUACGGGAUCCAUCGCACGUGCCAACGAAACGCAAUGUUUUGUGUACUUCAACGCUCUCGACGUGCUUGCUUUGAUUACGAAUGAGAAGGAUAUUGGAAGAAGAGCUGGUAUAUUCAAUACAGUAACCAAAUGCAUGAACUCACUGUCGUUGCCUGAAAGAAGCAAAGUCUUCGCCACUAAGUACUUGUCUCUGGUGAAAUCUUCAUCGAAGCAGUUAGCUUGUAUUGAUGUCAAUCGUUUUGUGUCAGUGGUCGCAACUCCAGUUUUGCUUGAAUUUCUCUAUUCGCUCACUGAUAUUUCCGCCGAGAUUUCUGGCUCUAUCUGGGACAAGGCAGCGAGUCUUCUUUCCUCGAGGCCUGCUGAUAGCAAGCUGCGAGAGUUUGUUGUCAACCAGUUGUCCAUCGGUUUGGAGAACAGAUCGCCCAACUCUGUGACACGAUUCAAAUCGACUCUGGAGAAAAUGAAUACUGUUCACCCCGAUGCAGAUUUCCUCUUCGUGUUUUGUAAUAGCAUUCUUGCACGGCUGCCAAGAAUUUCCUCUCACUUAGUAGGUUAUAUGGUACCACCUUGGAUCUACGCCGUGCUCGCGUUUUCAACAACCAGAGAAAUGGAUACGAAAAGAUUUACGUCAUUGAUUUGGGAUCACAUUGUGCCCAUGCUCAGUAGUAUUGUACCUUGUGCGGCAAUGGAGCUGUCUCCUGGGAAUUCGGAAAUCUUCGUCACAAAAUUUUUCACGGCACUUGGAAAUAGUACGGCAUCUGGGGACACGAUACGAAAGAUAGUUGCCGAUUCUGUGCCUUUUCACCUAGCUAAUCAAAUUGCAACAUUGUUGAAAAAUGACGAUAAGGAGUUGCAGGAGCGAAUCGUGAGAGUAUGUGGCGAAAUUAUCUGCAAUGUGGGCUCUAAUUUGCUGUCCAUUGCUGAGGCCGAUGCCCGACGUACUGGACUUAACCGAACUGCUUUUGUCGUGCUGACUCAGGCACUUGUUUCGAAGAUGAUUAAAGGUGCGAUGGAUCCAGAUUUUCUUCUGCAAACUGUUCCUUUGUAUGUGGCAGCACUGGCAAAGUUGCCGUACAGAAUUUUUGUGUAUUCUCGCAUCAAAGAUCUCCUCCUCAAGUUUGGUGACGACUCAGCAAUAGCCUCACGAAUUGCCGUUGAACUGGAGUUCUUGCAUGGAACGGCGCACUAUAACCAACUGGCAAAGGAGGCUGAUCAGAAACUGAGAAAAUUUAUAUCGGGCACUGAUCAAUAG